AUGUCUGAUGUUAACACAUUAACUAGUUCAUCACUUGAAUCUCCUUUGUCUGGAAAUUCAUUAGAAUCAAAUGCGUCGUCUACCUCCUCAAUUUCUAUCCUACAAUCGUUUCAAGAUUGGUGGUCAAGUCCAAGAUCAUUAAUGAAUGAAAAUAAUAGUGAACUUCAAGAAGACUCAGAACAGUUGAGGCAAGCAAAACAAAGAAACAGAAAAAUUGAAUAUGAAUUGUUUAGAACUAUGUUACCAUCUGAAAUUUAUCUUUAUGAACCUGAUAAACCUGAACUCGAGACCAAAGUUCCUAUCUAUGGGAAGUUACUAGACAUUGAAUUGAAGGAUGGAAACAGUAUCCAUGAAUUUUAUCUUGAAAACAAUUCUGAUCCACAUGCAAAGGAUCAACAUAUCGUCAUUAUCCAUGGGUAUAUGGCGGCAAUGGGAUAUUUUAUUAAGAAUGUUGAAACAUUGAUCAAAAUUCCAGGAGUGAGAUUACAUUUUAUUGAUUUACCUGGGUUUGGGAAUUCUAGUAGACCAAAGUUUCCAAGCGAAUUUUUAAUUGAACAUGAAAACUUAAAAGAUAAGAUUAGUCAAGUUUUGGAAAUUGAAAAUUGGUUUAUUGAUAAAAUCGAGAAUUGGAGAAUGCAAAGGGACAUUUCCAAAUUCAAACUAAUUGGCCAUUCUAUGGGUGGAUAUCUAUCCUGUUGUUACUUGUUGAAGUAUAAUCAUAACAAAAUGGUCGAAGAUGUUAUUUUGGUUAGUCCAAUGGGAACAGAAUCAAGUGAAGCUAGUUUAAUCAAUAACAAAGAUCAUCAAGUGAAUUUCCACAACGAUCCCUUUGGAGAGUUACAUUUCGAGAACAAAGAAGGGGAAGAUAUUAUUAUAACUGAAGAGCUUACAACAUUUUGGAAGACUAUAGGUCAACCAAAAUUCCCCAAAAGUUGGAUAAUUGAGAAACUUUGGUCAACGAAUAAAUCUCCAUUUGAGGUCUUACAGUUCUUGGGUCCAUUUUACUCCAAGAUUUUAUCAUUUUGGUCGUUUAGGAGAUUCAAAAAUUUUGGUAAUGAUAGCGACACCACUGAGAUGAUUAUGAAAUUGCACAACUACUCUUACUCAAUUUUUAACCAAUACCAGGGAUCUGGUGAAGUUGCAAUCACGAGAUUGAUAAACCAUGAAGUGUUAGCCAAACUACCUCUUUGUAACCGUGGAUUAGUAGAGUUCUUUGUUGAAAAUGAAAUUAGAAGUUUGUGGGUUUAUGGGGACAAAGACUGGAUGAACAAAAAUGGAGGACAGUACAUUAGUGAUGAGAUUAACAAACGGAAGAAAGGUUUAUCUAGUUUUAAGGUUAUUGAAAACGCAGGUCAUCAUUUAUAUUUAGACAAUCCAAAAAUAUUUAAUGAUUUAGUUGUAGAAUUUUUUAGAUUACGUUAA